AUGGAUAAGUGGAAUGAAACUACAUCAUUUCAAGUAACUGAAUUCAUUCUCCUGGGCAUCACAGAUCAUCCUGACCUGCAGAUCCCCCUUUUCUUUUUGUUUCUCAUCAUCUACAUGAUUACAUCUCUGGGAAAUCUAGGCUUGAUUAUCUUGACCAAGAUUGAUUCUCGCCUGAAAACUCCCAUGUACUUUUUCCUCAGGAAUCUGGCAUUUAUUGAUCUUGGAUACUCCACUGCAAUUGGCCCAAAAAUGUUGGUUAAUUUUGUAAUGGAGAAAAAUAUUAUCUCUUAUGCUGGAUGUGCAACCCAACUAGUUGUUUUUAUAACAUUAAUUAUAAGUGAACUUUUUAUGUUAUCAGUGAUGGCCUAUGACCGCUAUGUAGCCAUCUGCAAUCCAUUGCUUUACAUGGUCACCAUGUCAGACAGAAUGUGCUGCAUCUUGGUGGCCAUACCAUAUCUCUACAGCUUGUUUGAAGCACUGCUGAUUACAAUUAAGAUUUUUAAUUCAUCUUUUUGGAAAUCUAAUGUAAUUAGUCAUUUCUACUGUGAUAGUCUCCCCCUCUUAAGUAUUUUAUGUAGUGAUGCAAAGGAUGUAGAAUUAAUCAUUCUGAGUCUUUCUGCUUUUAAUUUAGUUUUCUCCCUGCUGGUUGUUCUUAUUUCAUAUGGACUCAUUCUCAUGGCCAUCCUCAGGAUGAACGCCGAGGGCAGACGCAAAGCCUUCUCUACAUGUGGCUCCCAUCUCACUGUGGUGGUUGUGUUCUAUGCAACACUAACUUUUAUGUACUUGCAGCCCAAGUCUAGCCACUCCUUUGAUACAGACAAAGUGGCUUCCAUCUUUUAUACCCUGGUCAUUCCCAUACUCAACCCUUUGAUCUAUAGUUUGAGAAACAAGGAGGUUAAAGGUGCCUUGAAAAGAGCCUUAGACAAUCAAUGCAAAUGUCUUCUUUGA